ACGUGUGAGUUGUCCUCCCUUUAUAAACCAUCAAACCAACCCCAUCCUCUUCCUCACAAAAACUUCAAACUCUCUCUCAUCUCUCUCCCUCGCAUCUUCUUUACAAGAGCAUCAUCAAAGCCUGAGAGAAAGUAGAAAAAAAUGGUGGGUGUGUUUGGCCGCUCCCUCUCCUUCCCAAACAAGAACCCGGCCCUCCCGAAACUGCCCCUGACCCACCACACCCGGUCCGUCAGCCUCCCCACCCGCUCCCACCCCUUGCUCUCCAGCCUCCGUGACCAGCUCUCCGGCCUUGACGCCUGGUCUUCCUCCUCUCCACCGGCUCGCCUCGCUGACGGCUUGAGCCGCCUCCGCAACGCCCUCGACUCUCUUGACGACGCCCUCCACCUCCCCCAAGCCCAAAGCCUCCUCCGCGCGAGCCCGCAGCUCUCCGAGAAGCUCCUAGAGGACUUCCUCCGCUUUGCCGACGCUUACGGGAUCUUCCAGUCCUCGGUCCUCGCCUUCAAGGAAGCGCAGUCAGCGGUUCAGGUGGCCAUAAGGAAGAAAGACGAGUCCAAGAUCGCUUCCUACGUGAAGGCCCGGAAGAGGAUCCACAAGGAGAUGCGAGACCUGACGUCUACCGUCAAAUGCGUGGCGAAAUGCGGUAUUCUUCGUGGUCCAGAUCAUUCCCCAGCGCCUGACGCGGAGCUUGCGGCCGGGAUAUUGGGCGUUGUCAAGGCGACAGCCUCGGUGUCUCUGGCACUUUUCAACGGCCUUGCAUCGUCCUUUUCGGCAAGGAGGUCGUCAUGGAGCAGCCGGUUGAGGAUGUUGGAGAAAACGAAGGUCGACGAGCGGAUCGAGGAGCUCGAGUGCACGGAAGAGAGGUUGUGGAGUUUGAGGAAGAUGAAGGAUGAGGAAGUGAGGGAGGUUUUGAGGAAGAUGGAGGAUUUGGAAGGCUACGUCGAGUGUAUAGAGAGCGGGAGUGAGAGAGUGUUCAGGAGUUUGAUCAGCGCCAGGGUUUCAUUGCUUAACACUCUCACACUGUAAAUAUUAUGAAGAUGACCUGCCAAGAAAAAAAAAAAAAAGAUUGAUGAACAUUGUAGCUUUUGAUUUUGACUAUAUCAGAUCGACAAGGUCAGCUUGAGUGAAUCUAGUUAUAUACAAAUCCAGAUGUGUAAUCAGAAGUUGGAAUGAAUAUAUUGUACAAUGGUGAAUC